AGUUUGAACAAAAAUCUAUCGUCACUUUUAUUUCAGAGGAAUUACCUUAAUUGCUUUUUUAGAAUCACAGAAUAGAACAUAUAAUUUAUGUUAUCAGACAGAGACAUGACAACAAUUUUGAAGGAAAAUUUCAUUCUUUUGUUUACAAUUUCGACAGAGACACGCAAACAGAGUUCUACGAUUGAAAAUUUUGAUCCAACCAUUGCGACGUUAGAAAUUGUUCACCAAAUACUGUUGAAUUAAAAUACCUGCCAUUUAGCUUUCUUAAAAUUAAUGGACCUUUUGGAGUACUCGUCAUUAAAAACCACUAAGCAAAUCUUAAUUAAAAAAAUAAAGGUGAAAUGUUCCAUGAUUUUGCAAAGCUUGCUCAUUUGGCAAGUGAUUUCCAGAUGUUUAUCAGUUGUGAUGUUUAGAGAUCAGAGAAAAUACUUUGAUGAAUGAAACAUGCUUAUUUUAAACAAAAACGUGGAGCUUGAGCCCAGGGGGUUUUUAUAGCGAAAAACGGGGAAAUUGAAUUGUUACAUGACAAACCAAAUUUAUAAACCAGAUUUUAUAUACAAAAAAAGCCAAAAACGUGCCGAAAGAAAACGUUAUAAGAAACAGAUAGAAACAUUUUUGUUGAGGAAGAAGUUCAUACAUUAAAAAAAAUCUUUAUUCAUUUAACGCUUGAAUUAACCCUCUAGAAAUUGUGACCAAGAACACUAACGUUUCAUUGGAAAGAGAAAGUAGUGGCAUCGAGGAAAGAAACUUUCCAAAUAAAGCACCAAGAGAGGGAAGUAUGACAGUACAACCAAAUGAGGAAACGAGAAACGUGGAAGAAUCACCAGCAGUUACUUCUUGGCCUAAAGACACAGCUCAGAUGAUGAAAGAUAUUGAAACCCUAUUUGCCCUUCCAGAAGACACUGUUAUGCACAACUUUUACAAGUGUGCUACAAAUCAUUGCCAGCACCUGUCAGCCCAAGAGCAGUCUCAUCUAAGGCCUAGCUGCCACAGAUUUGUACACAGCUGGUUGUUCGACAAGAGCCUAAACGCUUGCACAAAAAUGGGUCUGGCUUGGCUGGUUUACCAGGAAGGAAGAGGAAUGUUUUGCUGCUUAUGCAAGACACACAAUACACAACACCAGCAAAAUAAGUCCACAGUUUUCAAUGCAACGCCCCGUGUACGGCUCAAGAAGUCAGUGGUUCAUGAUCACGUAACAACCCAGCAAAAUAAGGACGCCAUUGAGGCUGAAAUGCUAGGAUGGGUCUCCCUAUUUCAUAAAGAUGUGCAGGAAAGGAAACUUGUCAAAGAUGAUGUCAUGUUUAAGGCUCUUAUGGCAGCAUACUAGCUUGUGAAAGAGGAAGUUUCAAAUCAAAAGUUCUCAUCAUUGGUUAAUCUGUUCACAGUACUUGGUCUUGAUGAGAUGAAACAUUUCUGGUAUUCUGCACAGGGUUCCACUAGAGAAAUAUUUUUAGCUCUGGGCGGCUCUCUUCUUGACAACUUGUUGGAAAAGGUGAAGAAAGCGUAUUGUUCUGGUCUCCUAACUGAUGAGGUCACAGAUGUCUCUGUCCCGGAAAUGGUUAUCACCUUCGCCCAGUUUCUCAACAACAAAAACAGGGAACAUUGAAAUGAGUUUCUUGGUCAUUGAAGAUGUUCUGAAAAACUCCACAUCAGCAAAUGCGGAAACCAUCUUCACAGUCCUCACAACCCAAUUAAACAAGCUUGGUCUAGAGGUGAAAGACUGUAGCUCUCUGAUUUCUGAUGGUGUAGCGGUGAUGACAGGUUGACGUAGUGGGUGGCAAGUCGACUGAAGGAAGUAAAUCCACACCUGAUUUCUCUGCCCUGCUUGUGCCACAAGCUGGCACUGGCCUGCACCGAUACAACCGCCCAGAUUGAAUACAUCAACAAUGUUGAGCUCUGGCUAAGGUAGGUUUGGAAGUUAUUUGAUAAUUCACCAAAGCGUACUGCCAUUUACCUAAAAGUGCAGAUGAAUCUGUAGUCCCUAGUCCUCUCUGAGAAGAACAAGAAAGUUGUUGCAAAGAAGAUAAAGAAGGCAUGUCAGAUGAGGUGGUUGUCCUUUGAUGCAGCAACACAGUCCAUCCAUGAUGACUUUGUGGCAGUACUGCAGACACUAAGACAACUUAAAGACAAUGAUGCAGUAGUAGCUGGCCUGCUGAGCAAGAUCGCAUCUUCCAAGUUCAUUGGAGCCAUUUACAUUCUCAGGGAAGUCCUUCCUGUCCUUUCUUCUCUGAGCAGAAUUUUAGCGAGGACAUGUGAACUUUUCCCACAUUCAUCCCUCAGUCAAUAAUACCAUUCACAAAUUGACUGAGAUUGCAGAAACUAAGUCUCCACUUGUAGCUGUUAAGAGAGAUCUAGAGAGACGCCUUUGAACCUGUGAGUUAAAUUUGACCCCUGCUCAAGAAACCCAACAGCUACGUCUUCUUGAAAAUUACAUCAAAGCCCUGAAGGAGAAUAUUCAUAGCAGAUUUGAUGGUGAACUCCCUAUUGUCAGUGGCUUUUCAAUCUUCAAUCCCUUAAUGCUACCUGCACCAGGAACUGGUUCUUUUACAGAGCAGGGAAGCAAGCAAGUAAAGACACUGGCAGACCAUUUCUAUCAAGGUCACCAGGAGGAGAAGACAAAGAAAGAGGAACUGCUGGCAGAGUGGGAAAAGUUUAAAUUUGACAUGGAUUCUUGGAAGCAGGAAAUUCAAGAAGGGAUGAACGAAAGCCACCAAGAAACAGCCACCGAGUGGUGCCUAAAACGGCUUAUCUCCCUCAAAACCGCUUACAGCACUGUGUUCCCUGCCCUUGCAAACAUUGCAGAAAUUUGCUUGUCAAUGCCAGUGUCCAAUGCACGGCCAGAAAGAGGGUGCAGUGCCAUAAAACAUAUCAAGACUAGGCUGAGGAAUAGGCUUGGUGUUGAUAUGCUUCAGGUCCUUCUGAUGAUUGCUAUCAAUGGACCCCAAGUUGGAACACCUGAAUGCAACGCACUGAUUACAGUGGCAAUUGAAAAGUGGCAGGCCCAAAAAAGAAGAAAGAUGCCAAAGAGAAAUGAAGGGGAGUCACUGUCAUCUGCCAGUGCAACUUCAGUGUCAUCACAGAUACAAAGCGAUGCCACUGAAAUAGCUGAUGCUAGUGUGCAGACAGACACACCAGUUACCGAUUUUCAAGCUGUCUCCAGUGAAUCAGAGGUGGAAAUUGCAAGUGCUGCAUUAAACCUAACUGCUGAUGUUCCCUGCCACGAUGACACAGACUCUGAUUAUGACAGUGAAUGUGAUGAUCUAGAUGAUAACAUCUUUUUCUGAAAUCUUGUUAUAUGCCUUUGAACCUUUUUGAUAGAAAUUGAAAUUGAUGCCUGUAGAGAAUUAUGAUUAAAGACAGAAAAUACAUAUCUAAGUAUUUUUGAACUGAUUUUAACAUCAAUGUCUGGCUAAAAAAUGCUACUCAAAUAUGCCCCAGAAUGCUGGAAAACAUGUCUUAGAGAGUUUCAAAUUUCAAACCCCCGUAGCGGGGCAUGUUGCUCAGCAACACACCAUGCUUCCUACGCAAGCACAAUUCACUUCAGCCGCCUACUCAGUUCAGAUCAGACACCUAUUACAUUUUUUAAUGACAACACUGUUUAAUACAACCAAUCAAUGUACAAAGUGUGACAUCACCAAAAGGCUAUGUUUAGAACUAUCACAACUAGAGUUUAAAAAUGUCUUUAACCCUUUGACUGCCAAAUUUUCACCAAAAAAUGCUGUUUUUAACCAUUAUACCAGCUUUUUGGCUGCCAUGAAGCUGAAUGUGCCUUAGUUUUGCUGAGAAAGCUAUUUUUUACCAAAAAGCGAUUUUUCCAAGAUUGGGUACAAAAAUGUACAAUAUUUUAGUAGACCUUUUUCAACUGGGCGGUUUGUUGCCCCAUUUCAGACCAUGCGAUAAU